GCCCUCCAUGUCUCUGUCUCUGUCUCUCUCUCUCUCGUGUCCAUCGGUCUGUUCGCUCUGUCGUUCGUUCGUUAGUUCAAGCCUCCUGGUCUGGAUGAGGGGCUCGCUGAGUUCUUUGCCUUCGACGGGAUGGAUGCAGCCUGAGUAGGAAUACACAAAUAUGUAUGUAAUGGGGCAGGCUGUGUAUGGAGGGAGCUCUCCUCCCGAGAUCUCGCUCUCCCUCCGUUUCUACCCCGACCGAGGUGGCUUUCCCACUUCCCAAUGAACGGCUCUCUGAGCGGAGACGACCGGGGCGAGUUUUUGGUGCUGAGCCACCCAAUAGAGCUUGAACGAAGGAGGCCAGGACCGAUGGAGGAUCCGGGGAAUUGCGCACUUUUUCCCCAUGCCCGUGGCUGCUUUCUCGCGGCCGUGUGAUGGUCGUGGUGGAGUGGAAGAGGAUGAUGAUGUUUUGAAUGAGGGGAGUGCUUGGAAUAUAACGGAACGACCAAGUCAAACCUCGUCUUGAACGAGUCGACGACCGACGAGCUGCAAGCCAGGAGAAGGCAGAGGAUGGUUCGAGCCUUGGUAGUGCUUUGGUAGACAUACAAGGAUAAAGAGGGCGCCCACUCUACCCUACCCCAUCUAAAAGAAGAAGACUGAGGAGACGACGGCGAAGAAGAGGAGAGUGAGGAGACCAAAAAAAAGUAACUUGGUCCACCAUUUCCCUACGGACCCUUCUAAGGCUGACAGCUCCAACAACCUUCCCUACAAUCGUUGUUGGUUGUAUUGAGCGGAACAGCUAACCAAGCAGCCAACCAAGCAACCAGAUUAUCAGAAACAAAGCAAGUAAACAGGCACUUCUAACCGUCACUUGAUCUUUGUCAGUUCAUCAUAGCUUAUCAUUGCGGACAACCACUAAAGGAAUUCGAAAAUUCCAAGACCACGCCUAAGGCGUCUGUGACAGGUUCACCUAACGGUGGUUUAAAGGGGCCGACGUCACGCUGUGUCUUGGUCAUUUAAUUGAUCUGAUUGAACAUCUAUCAACGUCAAGGCUGGAGAGACAUUUUUCCCAAGAACUCGAUUCGAUUCGGCAGUACCUACCAACCUCUUCGGCAUUCCAGCGAGUAGCUCGAGUGAGGCGACGGUCAGCUUGUACACACUCUCCGCUCGCUCGGCUCUCUUUCUCUCACUCUCUCUCUCUCUCUUGAUCCGUGUUUCUCUUGCCAAGAAUCUUGGCCAUUAGUGACCAGACCGACCACGGUAUCCAUUGCUCUUCCUUCGCAAUCAAAACAAACGAACAGUUCACUUCGACUCCUUGAUCCAUAAGCUCGAGAGUUGGAAUCCCUCUUGGUGAUGAACUUGUCCAAUUUUUGGAACUAGUGUCAAGUGAUUGUGUGCUCUGUCAAGUGGCAUCAGUUUACUAAGUGAGUCUGGCCAGUGGUAGGCCACAUCUCUCGAUCGUUCAAAAUUCCGCCUUUCGAUUUCGACAUGAUGUUUGGGGCUAUGCACGGGGGUCUGUCCCUAAAAACCGAGGGAUGGCCUCACCACCAUCACCCAAUGCAUAACGGUGGUGCCCUGGUGCCCUCGCCCAUCUCACCUGAGCAAGCACUCGCCCUAGGGCACGUGGUGUCCCGCAUCGAGUUCACCAAACAACCUCCGUCCAACCUGAGAAAAUCCAACUUUUUUCACUUCAUGAUUCAGCUUUACGACAGAAAUGGCUCUCCCAUUGAAAUCGAAAAGACCACAUUUGUGAAAUUCAUCGACGAUGCCGACGAUCCAGAGGGGAACAUGCUGCGAAAUGGCAUCAAAUACAAGGUGGUUCUCGUCUUCGGUAGCGGUUACAAAGAGGAACAAAACCUCUAUGUGCGGCUCGUGGAUUCGAAUUCGAAACAGGUUGUCGAAUACGAAGGUAGCAAUCACAUCCGAAACCCGGAGAUGCAACGAGUUCUUCUAACCCAUGAGGUCAUUUGCAGUCGGUGUUGCGAGAAAAAGAGCUGUGGAAAUCGAAACGAAACUCCUUCCGAUCCCGUCAUUUGUGAAAGGUUCCAACUGAAGUUCUUCCUGAAGUGCAAUCAAAAUUGUCUCAAGAAUGCGGGUAAUCCCCGAGACAUGCGCCGAUUCCAAGUGGCCGUGGGCACGGCUUUCAACUUUGCCCCGCCCGCACUCGUCACCAUGUCCGAAAACAUGUUCGUCCACAACAACUCAAAACACGGUCGGAAGGGCAAGCGAUUGGAAGGCCCCACCGGACUGGAAAAUAACUUGUACGGAUCUCAGAUGACACCCAUCAUCAAGGCCUUGUCGCCAUGUGAGGGUUGGGUAUCGGGUGGUCAAAUGGCCGUUGUCAUUGGUGACAACUUCUUUGAGGGACUUCAGGUGUACUUUGGCAACACUGCGGUCUGGAGUGAAUUCAUCACGCCCCACGCCCUCAGGGUGAACGUACCUGCUCGUCAUUCUACCGGUACCGUGGACGUGACCGUGGGCUUUAAGGGACAGAAGCCCGGCCCCAAUCGAAUGCCGGUUCGCUUUACGUACAUCGCCAUCACGGACGCCACCAUUGAUUACUCCUUCACCCGGUUGGCCAAGAUCAUUCCACGACAUCCCGGCGACCCUGACCGCUUGUCUAAGGACAUCAUUCUCCGAAGAGCCGCAGACCUGGCCGAGAUGGUGUGCCGCUAUCCUUAUGCCCACCUUGGUGCGGACAACGGAAAUGCAUUGAAUUAUCAAGAGGUGGCUGAGGAAUAUUCCCGAGCCAGCCAACAUUCGCCCCGUGCCUAUAGUGACCCUGCGACCCCGGUUCCCAGUGUGGUUACCCCAGUGACAAGCUACUCUCACUCCAGCGGAAUCAGCACGUCGUCAGCUGCCGGAGGAAACCAUCUUUCCGCUCCUCACAAUAUGGAGGCUGGUCAGAGCACCCCGUCGCCCAUAAGUGCGGCUGAUUCGAUCACCCCGCCCCCGGGAGUGGUCGAUAACCUUGGGUUUGGAGAGCAAUCUCCGGCCGUGGUUGCCCACAAGGCCCAAUUAGCCACGAUGUACCUCAACAACUUGACCGCCGCCGGACACAUCCAGCCCCGACGGUCCAAUACGAUGAGUGCGGAACAGCAAGCUGCGGCCGGCUACUACGGCACCUAUCCUUCCCAUUAUUGGUACUCGAACCCCCCUGGGACAGUGCAAUUUUAAUCUUGCUUCCAGGAAUGACGCCAUCCCUCGUGCCAAGCCCGUUUGCGGCCAUGACCUCAUUCUGUACGGCUCAAUCUUACCCACAAUUGACCGCAUCGGCCAAAUGAACUAUGAAGAACAGCAAUGAUGCCACGAUCUCUCGACUUGAACGGGCAUCUUCGUAUGAAACAAUUUAGUCUUAGCUCUUUGGUCGCCUUCAGUUUGGAAGGUUAUGCAAGCAAUGCCUCAUCAGUUCUUCAUAUGUGAUCAAUCUUUCAUUUCCCUGAUUUCACCUCGAAAGGUGCAGGUUCAUCCAUUCAGAGAAAUCUUGUUCAAACACGACCAAAGCCCGUCAUUUUCUUCUCCGCAUACCACUUGUAUGUACUCAUAACACAACAGUACUACGUAUUCUUACUCCCACAGUUCAAAACAGCAAAACCAGAGUGUCGGAAAAAUCCCAACGUAUUCCACCGCUCCCAAAUAAUAUCUCGUACUUCAGAAAUCUCUCGAUCGCCCAGAUAGGUUAGACCAAUCGACCUCUUUAUUCCCCAUCUUCCUUCAAUUCCACCAUGAUUUCUUCAUGCCAUUCUCAUACUACAUACAUACUCCUAUAUAUUCCUAUCAAAUCGCAUCACCCCAUUAUUAACUAGCUCACCUUUAAGUUUAGAACACUACUACAAUCUUAGCAAUCCGAUGGCAUCUACAAGACUACAAACUCUGCCAGAGCCUCUCUCUCACUAUUUUGAAUAAUCCGUGAGUUAAUCCUCUCAUUUCAUGUCACUCGGAAUUGCAUUUCAAGCGAAUUUUGUACAGGAACAAAUAAACCUAUUUUGGAAAUCA